AUGGCUACACCAUCGCAAAGACCACGGCGUAACCCUCCACCGGCAACGGCUACAAAACCCCAGCCUAUUAGGGCUACGCAAUCGUUUACUUUGAUCAAUCAUGGCAGCCCGGUCAAACAUCAACAACAGCAGCAGCAAAAUUUUCAGCAUCCAACUCGGCACAUGAGUCCGACGACACCACCUUCGCCGACAGCCAAUGAGAACUUGAAAUCGUUCUAUCAUUUGCGUCGAUCUGAAUCUUCUCCAGAUUACAAAACUUCUAUCGAAAUAGGCAAUCUUCCUCUCUUCUAUCAAGGUCGCGGUACGCCAUCGCCAGUGGCUAUUCAUCGCACAGGAUCACUAGAUACCAUUGCUGAACCCUAUUUAGCUGGUCAUUGGCCUCCUGAAGGUUUCUUUAAUGAAGAUAUUGUCUGCCAUAAAGCUACACAAACUGGUGACAUAGAUGGUGAACCGAAGCGAAGAUGCGCUCGCUCAGCAUCGUGGGGAAGUGCAGACACUCUUAAAUUGGUAUUACGUCAACAGCGACAGAGAAUAAAGCAAAAAUCGUCAUCUGCUGUGUUGUCUCCAAUAUUUUUAAUGUAUAACUUUCAGCGUCCUUAUUGGCCUGUAUCAAAAUGUUUAGCAAAGUGUAUACGCCAAAGUAUGGAAAGUUUAAAUCAAGAAAUUCAAACUCUUAAUUUCGAUCAAGCGGAAGAGUGUUGUGAUAUUUUCGAUAUUAAUGAGGUUGUAGAGAUUCCUGAUGGACACAAGGCACCCAUGCCGAUAUUUUCUGCAGUAACAGUUCCAGCAUCCACUAAGAACGCUGAUACUCAAACAUAUGAUGAUUUCGCUAUAGAUGUAGCAAAUUCGCCGUCGCCUAUUUCAUAUAAGUUAUCAUCUUUUGCGAGAGAACCACCUGAUGGCGUAGAAAAGAUAAUUACAGUGGUCGAAGGGCAUAAUCGGAAAGGUGUGCCUGCGAUAUUAUGUCCGGAUAAAAGCAAAGUCAAUAUCAACUUUAGCCCAACUUCUCCAUUUUAUUCCACCCAUACCAACGAACUAUUGGAUGGUGUCGACAAAUGGAAAAUUGUUGUGGAUAAUUGA